CGCUCUUCCUACCUCAGCCCAGGACCCCGGCGCGCGCUCCCCGCGCCAGGGGAGGGUGACGCCGCCGGCGUGAGCCCAGCCAAUGGGGCCUCGGGCCAGCCGGCGCGGAGACCGUCACACAGGAAGUGUCUCAUGUGUCUGCUAGUGAACCCAGGAUAGAAUACCUGCCGUGGUAAUCAUUCAUGCCCAGGGAUAUUCCUGCUAAUGACGCUGGCAAUCUUACCCUGCAUAAACAGAAGGACAAAGGCUGAUCCGAGUCUGAGUUAUUGUGGAUCAUUACGAUUAUUAUUUUGCGAGUAUUACUGCAGGCUGGGUGUGGGAGGGAAACUAUUGGGAGAUUUUGUCAUUUUUAUUCUUUUGCGCUGCAUUUUGUAAUUGUUGUAGCAGUGCCGCGGCCUUAGGAGAGGUGCCCUAAAAGAAAUACAAAUGCAUUCAGUACAUUUACUAUUUUGCUGCGUCUCUAGGGCCUCACAAACUUUUUACACGCUACGAUUUUCAUGUUGUUUUGCUGUUGCAGGUUAAAUCGUGCUUUUGCCCGUGCCCCAUUCUCAUCUCUCCCACUUUAUGUCUGUAUUGUCCCCUCCCUUUCACUUAUGCAGCCUACCUUAUUUGUGCACCCUCGUUGAAGUCAGUGGCAAACCUUCCAUUAAGCUAAAGGCCCUAUAAGCGAACUAAAUGGGAACUGCAUAAAAACUGAAUGAUAGAAACAAGAAAACAAGCCUCACUCUGGAUAGUAACCCCCCCCCCCCCCCGGACUAAAAUGGGACUAUUUCUAGGAGUAAGGCUUUGCAGGUUUGGGUCUAUAGUUUCUCUCCUUCUCUCAGUCAUACCCUUGAGACCAUGAUCGUUGAAGUCAGUGAGGAUCAAGGAACAUAAGGCAGAAUUUGGCCCAAUUUUGACUGCGGACGGUGUCUAAGUGGAAAUCCUAAUAGUUUCCUCUUGUCUAGAAGGUGGGUAUAAAAAUGAUUAACCUGUCCACAAUGCGACUGCUUCGGUUUGUUAGACAAUAUCAGGGUUAGCAAAUACUCGAGAGAUUCUUUCCUCAGAAAUGGCCUGUUCAUUGCAGAGGAUGUUCAGUGUUAUCAGCAGUCAUGAAAAUUCCUUAAGUCAGGACAAAUAAUUGUCCCUUUUUGCAUUGUCGGUUAAACCUUUGCUGACACCAACUCUUCCCGGUUGUGAAACCUGCUUAGAAAACAAGUUUCCUACUCAGUGUAUGUUCUGUAUGGCAAUCUCCUAUUCACAUUCCUGUAUCAGUUGAAAUAUCCAUAUCGAAUAAAUGGCUGGAGUUGUUUGCUGUGAACGCUGAAGGCUGCAUCUUUUCUUUUCUUUUCUUUUCUUUUCUUUUCUUUUCUUUUCUUUUCUUUUCUUUUCUUUUCUUUUCUUUUCUUGACUGUGGGUUUUCCAGAGGAAUGCUUCCAUUUAAAUAAAUGUACACAAUAAAUAAUUGGGGACAUAUUUUACAUUAAUAUAGGCUAGAAAGCAAGAAUGUAAUGAGUAAAUGUAUUUUCUAUGGGUCUUAUUGUGCCAUCAAAUUGAGGCAGAAUUUGGGGAAAUUCUGGUUACAAAUCGAUCGCAUGAUAUGGCCCUAUAUUGUUUUAGCGAAGACUUUUAUGUUUACAUACUCUGCUGUCUAGAAUGAAGUAUAGAAAUCGGUAGAAUCAUUGCCAUUAACAGUUAAUAUCCAGAUCUCUCCUGGAUAUCCAGAUCUGUCCUGGAUCUAUCACGUUAAAUAACAACACACCAUAACUGCCUGUAGGAAUUAUAUUAACAUGCUGCAUUACUAAUGUACUCAGUUUCUAAAACCCUCUCCGAUAUUAUGAACUUGUACAAAGAGCAUUGUCAAUAGAAGAAUGAAGUGGUGGGAGCCCUUCCACACCUUGAAAUUAGCAUUUGACAAGUGUACAAAGAACAGACACUUAAAAGUCAAUCAGAAUUAACCCCGGAAAAAAGCUCAGGGAUAUAAACAAGGUAGUCUGGUAGUUUGUUUCCAUAACAGCCCCACAUAUUUUCUCCAGUGGAUUGCUAUUAUUUGCAGAUACUUAGAAUCAGAUAAAUUCCUGUGUUCUUCCGUUUAGUCUUUGCUUGUAAGCAUUCUCAUCAAACUUUUUAAUGCAAACUGCACGUAAGGACAAAGGGCAAGAUCUGAGCCAUGGAUCUGGAAGCAGGACUCCCUGUUGAUUUCAAAAUCGAUAGCACAAUAUGGCCCAAAGAAUUCUAUUUAACUGCCCAGGCACCGGCGGUGUCUUUUCCUCUUGUUCCUGCAGCUGGCGCUGGAGCCAAUCACCCCGCGGCAAUGCUCAUAUUUCUGGGGUUGGGGACUAGGGCUGUCAUCCUAGCACACUGUACUGAACAAACUCCAAAGCAAACUUGGCCGACCGGGAUGGAGAGCUCACGAAUACCCGUUUUCCGGCAUGCCAGCAUCUUUGCCGGUAGGUGGCAUCCCUUGUCCGCGGAGAAUCUCCGCUAAAGAGAGCUAGCUCCCUGAAGGGAGAUCUGCAGAGAAGCAGCGCGAUUUCGGCUCCGAUGAGGAAACUCAACUUUGAGUUUCGCUGUCUUGUCUGUAAAAAGAGCAAACCAUCAAAUCGCUGGGCUGCCGGUUGUUUAGCAAAGAGCUUCUGUCUGGGCCCGACAGUUCUUCACGCCGAGCACUGCAGUUCAUUUGACACAUGCAAGGAGAUGGACUUUGCUUUCUCCUUCUUUACCUGCAGUUUGAUUUCCUGCACGAGCGAAACACAGCAGAGCUGUCCAGAGAACUGCAGCCAGGGCCUGCUCCCGAGGUUAUUUCCCUGUUGAGCAAUGUCUGGCGUUGUUUGUUUCAUUGUCUUCUGUCACACAUUUUUAGCUCAGCCUUUCUAAGUUUGGAAGGAAAGAAAUCAAAUAUUCUUUUGGAGAGAAAAAAAGUCACCAUCACUCUGAGGGAUUGCAAUAAAACCUUAUCUUAAUUGUCUGUAGUCAGAGCUGACUCACUGCCCUUCAGUAAGCCCCACCUCUCUUUCCUCGAGUGACAGAAGAUGACUUUCAACAUUUUCAAAGUGUGUAGGGAAGAUACGUUUUAACCACCUGAGACAAAGGGGCUCAGGGUAUGUGAAUAUUUUUUUCAUCGGCUUGUGCAUCAAAACCAUGGAAAUAGAAUGUCGCGAUACGGGUCAAUAUUAGAACACUGUUUUCUGCAUGUGUUACGCAUAUAAAAUGUACACAGAUGAAUCAUGCACGGGUUUUGGCAGACAAGAUAAAGGCAGGUAUGAUUAUUUUUGCAUUCUUAUUUCUGUGAAGCUGGUGCCUGCCCACGAAAGUUAAACUCCAUUCUUCUUAUUUAGCUCUUUUUGGACGACUAUAAACAGUCUGGAAUGUAAUAAAAUGAGAAAUACUAGAAGACAAAGAGAAUUGAAAACCCCCCCACAAACUAAGUAACUAAGUAACUAACAAGAACCCCCAAAUGUAAACACUUUUCAAGUAGGGAAACUUUAUAUAAUAACUUGCCUUGGUACCCCAGACGGAAAACUAUUUCCCCGCAUAAACGAUAUUUCACUCACUAUUUUUUAAUACAACUAGAGUUACUUUAUCAUUUCUACAGAGGUACACCACAUAUUAGCCAAAACAUAGCUAUUGAUUGAAUUAUUCUUUUGCUUUUGUAAUUUUUUGUGGUAUGCUCUUUUGGCUUCUCGGUAAUGAACACAAUGUAAAUAGGAUUAUUUGGAAAUACUAACACGGAUUAUGUUCACAAAUCCAUGAACCUGAGUUUGAAACAGUGUUGCUUGUAACUUUUAAUUUAGAAAAGAUAUUGAAAAUGUAUUUGAAUAAAAUGUUAUAUUUAUCGCCUUUGAAAUAUGCGUUAUAGAGCGUAGUUAUAUUUUCUUUUCAAAAUAAUUGUAAUCAGAAUAAAAUGACAACUUUUAUAUACUGUCCUACUUUAAAACAGAUUACAAUUUAGAGUUAAUUCGGCAGAACUAUGUAUAAUAUGUAUAUUCAAGAUGGUUCUUUUUCAUGUCAGAGUGCUUAGAAGUGCGUUUAUCAUAAUCUUUCCCCUCUAACGUCAGAAGUGAUUCAUUAAAUGUGUGCGCCCUCUAAUUGAGAGGAGUAUGAUUUUUUGUUAUCAUAAAAUGUGUCGUCUGACAUUGAAAAAAAUCAUGAUUUUAUUUGGAAAUAUAAUUGUGUUUCACUUUCUUAUUACUUUUGCUCCACGGCUCAAAGGCGAAGAGAUUCUAAAAAUACAUUAUUUUGUUUCUCCUUGCACGAGAAGGGGAUUUCUCUCUUUCUGUGUUUCAUACAACAGAAAGGGCUACACUUCUUCCUUUAAAAAAAGUCCUUAAAAUCAAAUAUGAAAAUAGUGGGGAUAUUUUUGAUUCGGUUGACAGCUAGAGAUAUACGGUAUGUGUGAUACCACUCCUAAAUGACAAAUACCCCGAAGAGAGGAAAAAAGUGUUUUCUAAAAGUUUCUGCACGAAGAAGCAUUUUCAUUGGAGAUUUAGAGCACUACCCCCAUCCUGAUGAUUAGGAAAUGUUCCUUCUACCAAAAGUUCAAUUCAGAUCCUGAAAAUGCUCCUACCCUUGACUCGAAGACCGACUUUAAUUUAAAAGGGUUCAUUAUUAUAUAUAAAAAUGUCUAUAUUUUUAUCAGGCGAGUUCUCCUUUUCCCUUGUCUUCAAUUGCAGUUACUGAAUUAAAAUCAAAUGGUCUUCAGAAGAAAUUCAUCUGCAAAAACGACUAUAUUCCGCUAACAUUCCGGUGAAAACAGAGGGUUUUGCAUUUUCUCCUCCUGUGUAGUAAAACCGCAGGGAAAAAAAAGAAACCGUGUCCGCUGGGGGGGGGGGUCUCAAAAUUCUAAUGAAUGAAACAGUAAAAUGCAGAUUUCCCUGCCACCCGUGGGAUAUUUGCAUGGACAGUUCCUGUAUUUGGGAUUGCCUUGCUCCCUUUUUGGUGAGAUUUCCCCUUCUCUUGGGAAGGUUCGAGCUACAAAGGACACCAAGGGCGUUCUGUUGCUGAAAAGCCUUGCGAUUUGGGCAGUGACUUGGGUAGCAAAUGUGUUCUCCAGCGACUACUCAGAAUAACCCCAGCAACAGAAGUGCACUUUGGUGUUGCGGCACAUGGAGGGCGGAGGGCGGGGGAGGAACUGCAACGGGAUGGCACACUGUAUAUUGGGAAAGGCAGCAGGAAGGACUGCGUAUUUCAUUUUCCCAACCCUGACCUUUAGCAAUGCGGGCAGUCGAGUUUCUUGGAAACAUCAGGACUGCCGGGGGCGGCGAGUUUGUCGUGCCUCCCCCCGCACCCCCACCCCCACCCCCGGACUUUGCCUGCUCAGUGCUGGUUUGAUUUCUCCGAGCAGGAACGCGCUGAGAUGUUUCCCCAGUUGUGGCGCUGACGUCUGGAGCCAUGUGAUGGGCCCCCUUUCGCUAUAAGGAGAGAAGAAAGGCCGCCCUCUUUUGGACUCAGCCCCAGCCUUUUCAAGAUCUUUCCCAAGACUCUUCCCCCUCACCACCACCCCCAAUACUAAUCGCCCUCCCUCCUUCCCUGGAUCCAUUAAUGUCCGAGGGCUCUUGCGAGGAGGAGAAAGCGAGGAACCAACUCGGGGGCGCAGCCGAGGGGGAGAGAUUUCCCGCUGCCUGCUCGCCGGAGGCGGCUGCUGGCUGUUGUGUGUGUUGCUUGGUCGCACCGGGGCGGCAGAUCCUGGCUCUGGCUGGGCGGAUUCGCCGGCGGGAGCAAAGCAGGGGGACUCCGGCGUGCCCGGCAGCCGCGGCUCCCCGGCCCAGCCGCCCCCGAUGAGCUGCUCCGCCAAGCCAUGACUCUGAGCUCGGAGAUGUCCGAUGCCUCGGGACUGGCUGAGGAGACCGACAUCGACGUGGUGGGCGAGGGCGAGGAGGAGGACGAGGAGCCCCGGCGCGGCGGGCGCCCCUAUGCGCAGGAGGAGGAGGAGGAGGAGGAGGAAGACGAGGAGGUGGGGGAGCUCCCCGAUGACAUCUCGCUGCCCCGGUCCCCGGCGUGCGGCGGCGCAAGCAGCUCCCCCACCUCCGCCCAGCGCCCCUACAAGGCGGCGGCGGGCGGCGGCGGGGCCGGCAAGAACAGCCUGGUGAAGCCGCCCUACUCCUACAUCGCGCUCAUCACCAUGGCCAUCCUGCAGAGCCCCAAGAAGCGCCUGACGCUCAGCGAGAUCUGCGAGUUCAUCAGCGGCCGCUUCCCCUACUACCGGGAGAAGUUCCCGGCCUGGCAGAACAGCAUCCGCCACAACCUCUCGCUCAACGACUGCUUCGUCAAGAUCCCCCGCGAGCCCGGCAACCCGGGCAAGGGCAACUACUGGACCCUGGACCCCGAGUCCGCCGACAUGUUCGACAACGGCAGCUUCCUGCGCCGGAGGAAGCGCUUCAAGCGGCAGCCGCUGCCGGCGCCCGAGCUGCUGCUGCGCGGGGUGGAUCCCGGCACCUUCCUGCAGCAGCCGCCGCCCCAGCAGCCGGCGCCCUACGGCUACGGACCCUACAGCUGUGGAUAUGGCAUUCAGCUCCAGCCUUACCACCCCCACUCCGCCGCCCUCUUUGCCUUUCACCACCACUCCCCGCCGGCCCGGCAGCCCCCCGCGAGCGCCGCCGGCAGCGCCCUGCCUCCGGCGGCUGCUCCUGCAGCGCCGCCAGCCUCCUUACUGCCAGCGGCGGAGCUGGCCAGGACCUUCCGCUACCCGCCCCAGCUUAGCCCGUCCCUGACUUCUUCUCUGCACGCUGCCAAAUCCAGCAGCUCGGCUCUGGCCCGCUCCCCCUUCUCCAUUGAGAGCAUCAUCGGGGGUGCUGGCAGCAGCUGUGCGUCCCAGUCGGCGGUGGUUCCCGUCUUAGCCCGCUCUCUGGUUUCUUCUUCCUCCGUUUCUUCCGCCGCCGCGGCCUUAGGGGCACUGCACCAAGGGACAGCCUUGUCCAAUGUCGAAAACUUUACUGCUAGGAUUUCAAAUUGUUAACGAUUUAAAGUCUUUCAGAAGGUAGGAUUCGGGGUAUAUCCUUUUUUCACCUUCACGAGUUGAAACAGACAUUGUAUACAGCCGAUUUGUGUCCUGCCACUUUGUUGGUCGGUACCUAUAUUUAUGCAAAGCCAAUUCUAUAUGCUGCAUAGGCAGAAACUUUUGUUGCUGGAAAGUUGUAUCUGAUUCCUUUAAAAAAAAUAUCUCUAAACCAUUGAAGUUCAGAGAUUCUCAGGUCCAGGAAUUCAAAAACAAUAAUGUACAAGAGAAAUGAAAGGUCGUGAGGGUGGACAAUAAAGCAAUACUUCUUCAUUUUAGUACACUUGUCUCAUGUACUUUUAUAAAAGGAAAUUAACAUGUUUACACAGAAGAAAGUCAAAAUUAUCCUUUCUUAUUUUAACCUGUGUUUUGUAUUAUAAUAGACAUACGGAGUUUUUAUUUUGUACUUUAUGCUUAUUCUUUACAAGGAAUGUUGUUAAAAUUACUGGCAAGUAUUAUUGUACUAUUCUAAUGUACAUUUUUUAUACAUUUUCAAAAAUAAAUUUUUUAAUUUUCAAAAAAGUCCCACCCAUACAAUUGGCUUUGGACAUUCCCCUCCUUAGCACUCCUCCACUCCGCUCCCCCCCCCCCCCCCCACCGGCUAGAGUGAGAGUUCUGAUUUGCGAUUAGUAGAAUAACAGAGAAGUUAAUACAACAGUAUCCACAAUACUUUACAGCAAAUAGUUAUUUAUUAAAGGAUUUGACCAAGAAGAAAAUCAGAAUAUGAUUUUCACAGUCUAGCCAUUGUCAACAAUAAAAGUUAAUAGAAAGUAAAAAUAUAAAUGAGGGGAGGGGAGUAAGUAAAUCUAUUUGUUGUUGGAAGAUAUCCACUUCCUGCAAAUUACAAUGCUCUAAAACUAAAACUAUUUGUAUUUGGGUCAAUAAAUGUCGACUAUUUUAAUACUUUUGGGUGUGUUUUAAAUCAUAACUACAUCAGUUUA